AGACUCCAUUCCCCAUAAGGCCAUUCUUUCCCUCCUGUUGCUACGGACUACGAACUUUGUUGGGGAUUCCGCGAAGCACUGCUAAGCGUGAACAUCAACGUCAGCAAUGGUGAUUUGCAAUGGCUGAAAAAUCCAAAAAUGACCCGCUGUACGGCCCACCCCUGGAUCUGUCAUUCAAGUGCCUCAAUUCGGUGGAAGAAGCCAUGUCUGAGGAACCCCGUGCUGGUCUGCGUCCACUACUACGCUCCCCAGAAGGAAAGGUCUGCAGUAGAGCUGUAAAACUUAAUAAUAAUAUCUUGUCAGAUCUGAGGAACUUCACACAGGUCAUGGAUUUCUUUCUACAGGACAUCAAGUUGCUCUCUUGGAUUGACCUUUCUUUUAACGAUCUCAGCACAAUUGAACCAGUUCUGACUUCUUUUAAAGACUUGAAGGUGCUGUACCUCCAUGGCAAUGGCAUUCCCAAAAUGUCUGAAGUGGACAAACUUGCAGUGCUGCCCCACCUGCAGAACUUAACUUUGCACGGAAAUCCCAUCGAAGGAGAGAAGGGAUACAGGAACUAUGUGAUUACAGUCCUACCUCAUUUAAAAAACCUAGACUUCAGCGGAGUGACGAAACAGGAACGAGGAAUGGCAAAGCUGUGGAAACGGACCUUAAGCCGACAUGGCAAGCGGACGGCGGAUGAUUAACUUACCUUACAGACCACUGUAGUCAUCUGUCCUUCACAGUAGAAUUUGACCCUAAAUGUUAAAGUAUGUGAGCCCAGUUUUUUGGGGGGGGGGGGGGGGGGCACGGUGACAGUUUAGACAAAGCCAAACUGCUCUCUUUAUUAUUGUCUCACUAAAUAAUGAAUAUUGUAUUAAUUAAGAAAGCAGAUACAAUUUAACAUGAAAAUUCUGUAUAUGGAACUAGAAAAGGUGCUAAAUGCAAGUCCUGCAUUGUCUGGGAUUUGUUCAAAUCAAUGUGUAGAUUAUAUGUAACAUUUUAACUUUUUCCUAAAGUUUUGAAGAUUUUACUUAAUGGAAUUAUGGUUUAUUUUUGAGAAAAUAGAAGCAUAUUGGAUAUGUGCAUCUGAAAUCUGCUAUGUAAUCGUGUAAAGAGUUUCAUGGUUCAAGAACUGUGGACACUCUUGGACAGUCAUUAGGGAACCGGAAGGGUUUUGAGCUCGAGAGUGUUAGGUGCGAAAGUGUUAUUGAGUUUCUGAGGAAUUGAGAGCCAGGAUAGGAACUGAGAAACUCCACUGGAGACCACGUGGAGUAGGAGAGCCAGAAAUAUGCAGGCAAGUAAAAAGGGGGCUCACUGGGUUAGAGACUGCACUUCUGGGGGCUGUCCUUGUUCUUGAACCACUCUUUAAAUUAACUCUUAAAACAAAGCCUAAAUAAACAAGACAAGAUUUGGAAACAUUCAUCUCACAACUGGUCCGGGGAAGCCAUUGUGGCUCCUUGAAUUCAAUCCAGUACCAGUUUUUAAUCUGAUGUCAGUUCCCAAUUACCUGAAUUAACUUUCUUUUCAUACAAUAUGCAACAAGAAACAAUUCCAGAAUAAAACAGAAUUAUUCAGAUAGAGCAUCUUUCCGCCAUUGCAUGUUGCAUCAGAAAUAUAAAAUACGCUCUCUUUAGUUAUCUACAUGCACGUUGUGGUGUCAGUACAUGGGAGUCCAUCCGCUUUCAUAAUCUUAGGUUUCUUCAUUUGAUUCAAAUUUACUUUCUUCUCUGUAACCAAUCAACCCUGACUGACAGCAAGCUGCUCAAGUUAAUGUCAGAAUUCUGCAAAACAGAAAGGAAAAAAACACACAGCAACCACCGAGUCCUUUAAGCCCUGAAAAGAAAAAGCAGAAGAAGAACCCGUGAGCUGCUAGUUACAAAAUCAUUAUUUGGUUAGGGACUUCCUGUUUGGUUAAGUUUCUUGUGCUUACACGAGAUUUUUUUUGUUGUCAUGCUUUGUGCUGAUCACACCAGAAUGACAACCGCCGGUCUCUCUUAAUUAAUAUUUGGAAAGGGUCACCUAAAAUUUGUUCUUGGGAAAUUUCAUUGGUCUGUUUCACAUCGUCCACAUUAAAAAGCCAAUUCGA